GUUGGUGUGUGUGCACGAUGUGUGGCUGCGAAGUGAGGCAGUGACUGCGCCAGACGUGAGGCAGCAUGACAGUGACCAGCCUUGGCAUGAUGCGGCCAUGCUUCACUGGAUACCCCUUCCAAGGUCAGGGCCGAGUGAACCAGCUGGGCGGCGUCUUCAUCAACGGGCGUCCUCUGCCGAACCACAUCCGCCUCAAGAUCGUGGAGAUGGCCGCCGCGGGCGUGCGUCCUUGCGUCAUCUCCAGACAGCUGAGGGUGUCUCACGGCUGCGUCUCCAAGAUCCUGAACCGAUACCAGGAGACGGGCAGCAUUCGGCCCGGGGUGAUUGGGGGCAGCAAACCGCGAGUCGCCACCCCCGAGGUGGAGCAGCGGAUCGAGGAGUACAAGAAGGAGAACCCGGGCAUCUUCAGCUGGGAGAUCCGGGACAGGCUCAUCAAAGACGGGCUCUGUGACCGCAGCAACGCUCCGUCCGUCAGUGCCAUCUCGCGGCUGCUGAGGGGACGGGACGGUGACGAUGACAAGAAACUGAGUGACGGCAAGACGAGCGAAGGUUCCGACUGCGAGUCCGAACCGGGAAUUCCCCUCAAGCGGAAACAGCGCCGGAGCCGCACGACGUUCACGGCGCAGCAGCUGGACGAGCUGGAGAAGGCGUUCGAACGCACGCAGUACCCGGACAUCUAUACGCGGGAGGAGCUGGCGCAGCGCACCAAGCUGACGGAGGCCAGGAUACAGGUGUGGUUCAGCAACCGCAGGGCUCGGCUCCGCAAGCAGCUGUCCAGCAGCUCAGGGAGCUACGGGUCGAUGGGCCUGUCCAUGUCCUACCCGGCGUCUUCCGGCUCCUACAUGCUGCCGGACCCGGCAUUCGCGUCCACAUCGACCCAGAUGUCUGACCACCACCACUCCACGGCGCUGUACUCGCACCACCAUCAGGCAGCCAUGUUGCAGGGAGCCAUGGGUGGGCCCACGGGGGAGGGACGCGCCUCCAGCACAUCAAGUUACACGGCCAUUGGUGCCAGUGCGUACCCUCCGGCCGGGCCGAUCCUGUCCUCGCAGAUAUCGGCCACCAGUGCGCAUCACUCCGGAAGCCAACACCACCUCAACCAGUCACCCCCGCCAUCUGGUGGGAGCGGUAUGAACUAUCAGACUUCACAUCAGCUUCCCCCCCCACCUUCCAGCUUGGCCAUUAUGGGAACCGUGGCUCCAACUUCGACAGGUGAUGCUGACCAUGUAGUCCCUCCAACAUCUGACAUGGGGCCCAGCACCACGUGGCCGCCAAUGACUACAACGCCUGCAUCCACUCAGCCACACCAUCACCACCGGAACAUGGCCACACCACCUCCUGCCAGCCUGAUGAACUCGAACCACACAAGUACAGCUGCCGGAAUAACGAGCUUCAGUCAUCAAUCUGGGUUCAUGCCCCAGAGCAGGCCCCACCAUCACCAGCCCUUCUACUCCUGGUACUAGGCUGCUGACAAUGUAGGGUGAAGGCAGUUUGGCUGAGGGGUGGCUUGCUCCCUCACAUUACCUCCAUCACACCUCUGUUGCCGCAUCUGUUUGUUAAAGGUUCGUGACAAUGGCAAACUCAUCAUACAAACUGCAGUAAAAACAUAAACUAUCUCGACACUAUACGGUCUGACUUACUGCCAGUGUCGUUAAAUAAAAACAAUAUAAACCGCAUAAUUAACUCAUAUUAUCUAGUAUAAAAGGAGAUAAGUCCCUGCAGAUGCAAGAUAUGUUUAUGUGGUUGCAUUAUUAAUACAAGAAGGACAUCUAUGUACAGAGUAUGUGAACAGGAAAACAUAGAAUGAAUUAAUAUGGGAAUACCAACUUAGAGUAUGUUGCAUAAAGCAGCCAACAGGUGGCAUGCUCACUUGAUUAGCAUACAGUAAAACAAACAAACAUGACUGAAGUAUAUUCCAGUAAUAUCAUCUUUAUUGGCUGUAUAAUGCAUCACUAUAAUGGUGCACAGUCCACGGGUGCAUCAUUUCAAUAAAAUAGUGUAAUACAGUUACUUUGAAUUAAAAUGUGGCCAUCAGCUCUGAGGUAGGAAGCCAGUUGUUUCCUGAGCAAUAAAGGUUAACAUGAUGGUCAAGAAUGCAAAAGCAUGGCUGACUCUCUUUUCCAGUGCCCCAGUGACUGUAAAGUGCUAUUUUCUUUAUGGUCCACACAAGAAAGGCCAACAAUCAGACAGUCUGAAUCCAUUUCACAUGACCAGCAAUCAAUUAUAUUGCUGAUUUUAAACGAAUUUCAUCACUUCUUUAUAAUACUGAAGACAUAAGGUUUAACUAAUGUAUAGCCCAUCUGAACACACCCCUGACAUAAGCAAUCAACAUGCCAGAACUUUUUGACAUGUUAUAACAGAAAACUGAAUCAUUAUGACUAACAUGCUAAAGGGCAGUACUCCACACAACCAGGCAACAUUAGGUGUUCCUUGUUAUGUAGUGAACAACAAAAAUGAAAAAUGAAACUGUAAAACUAUAUCUGUGUGUGUGUGUGUGUCAGAGCAGUAUUGUUCACAUCUUUAUAACAAACGGUGUUCUGGUUGAACAGAUUGUCAGGAAGCAUUUUAGAUGAAAAUCCAUUUGAAAUAUAUGAGGCAACAAUUAAGCAGACUAAAAGAAGAUCAAGUUAAGAUGAAAUAAAUAUUUGUGAUUUGAAAUUAUCAUGGAACUGACAAUGGAGGUUACUGCCUUCUGGGAUGUGUUGCCAUGCAGCCUGGUACAUAGGCACCAAGAGACCGUAGGGACAUGCAGCUUCCAUAUUUUGGUAGCAGACUAAGCCAAGCACAGAAAAAAGUGGUAUGAAUAUAAGCAGAGGUAGAGGCAGGGAGAGGACCAGGGCUGCCAGUGAACCAGUCAGAGUAGGGAAGAGUGUCUGGCCCUUGGGAUGGUGCCACUGGCUCGCUUGCAGCCCUGUUUCUAUUUUUCUUUUCCUCUAUGUAUGUUCCCUCAUUUUCAUAUGUACAUUAUGAAAAUGCAGGCAGUAGGUCCUACUCCAAUUUCUGCUGGACUACAUGGCAUCACACACCAGAAACCAAUAACAUUACUUUUGGACCAGGAUGGUAAGAAGGCUUAUUUUGUAAGUUGCUCAGGGCAGUAAGACAAAGCCUUUCAGCAAAAUUUUUGCUAACAUGUCUUACAGUCAUUAAAUUUUUAGCUUUGUGUUUGAUGUGAGAUGUUUUGCAGUCCUUUGUUCUCAACUGAAGGCAAUGCAGCACUUCUGAACAGACUUGACACGCAUAUUUUCAGACAUUAAGAAACACGACAUGCUUCCAGAAGCUUGGUGAGUCAUUUAACAACCACUGCAGAUAAUAUAGUUAAUGUUAUGUCCAAAAAUAUUCUGUACUACUUCUCUCUCUCUCUAGUUAUUCUUGCCUGAGAGCUGCUGAAAAUAUAUGUGGCUUUCACUCAGUAGAAUUUCCUGCUACAAAACAGGGGUCCUAAUUGUGCCACUCCAUCAGCAAAUUAACUGCAACAACUAACACAGAAGAGUGUGGGGCUAUAGUAUGUGAAGCAAGCACCCCUGACCCUAGUUCAGUGAUUCCAAAAGUGUGGUACAUGGACAUUGCCAAACAGUGCAACAAGCUUCUUGUUUUGUGUGCCAGUAUUACCUUGUGGCAAGUUCGGCAAGAGGAAAACAACAAGAUAGAUAGUGGUGCCUUAUAUUUUUGUUUCAUAAAGUGUUGUUCCUUUAUACCAGUUCUGGUUCCAUGUUUAUGCUAAAUUACAUUCUUUGCUGAAGGCAAAAUGAUUUCUGAAACCAAAGUUUUAUAAGCAUGGUGGCAGAAGAGGCCAAAUGGUAAUAUGAGAAGAGAGACUCAAUAUGUUAGUAUGAAAUUUGAGAUAUAUGGGUUUUCUUCAUGGAAUAAUGAAGUUUGUGAACUGCUGUAGCAUUGAUUCUAAGCCAACUGAGAUGUGGGCUGUGGUAGAUCACCACAAUAAGUGCCUUAUACAGUGACACACAGAAUUUGUAAAUAAUGACAGGACCACACAUCCACUUCACAGCUGGCAAUUUUAAUACUGUCCUCUUCCCACACACAGUGCCCACCAAAAAUUUCACAUUUGUCUCUUGUUUACCCAUCCUUUAGUUAAUCCCGAACAUGUCAUAACCUCCUAUGCUUAAUUAUCCUAACAAUGAGAUAUGAGUAAAACCACAAACAUCCUUCGCCUCUGGUUUCCAUUUCCCACUGUUCACAUCUCGUAUGUAGAAGUAUACACAAUUUUCUUGGCACUUUACUUAAAACAUAUUUCUCCUUUUGAGAAAUAGAUAAGAAGUUUCAGCCACACAAAGGAACAGCAAAACAAAUAAAAAAAAGUAAAGCUAUCCCUGUAACAGGCCAUAAAGGCCCAUAGCAUUAUGAGACA